AUGGACCAGAUCUCCUCGCAGAUCUCCAAGUCACAGCCUAUUCGGAUGUGUCUGCCGGCGUUUCCGUUCAAGUCACCAAACACCAGCUCUAAAGUAUUGGGAUAUCUUCCCGAUAAGGCUGAAGAGUUCGCUCUGGCGCAUCUGAAUGGCAUGUGUGCUGCAAUCGCGCACAUAUACAAGCCUGGCGCGUAUCUCAUGAUCAUUUCUGAUGGAUUGGUAUAUAAUGACCUUCUCGGCGUUCCUGACAAGAAUGUCUGGGCUUACGGCGAAGGACUUCGAACCAUCGCUUCCGAACAAGGCUUCAAGCACAUACUAUUUUCCCGACUGAAGGAUCUGUCUAAAGUGAAGAAAAUCCCGGAUGAGAUGGAUGAAGUCAAGUAUGUGGCGAAUGCAACCAACUUCCGACAUGGACUACUCUCGAACUACGGCGAUGAAAACUUCGAUGCUUCAUUGAAGAUUCAAGAGGAUGAGGAUACUUGCCUUACUUACAGAGGCUAUAUCAAGUUUUUGAUGACCGACUUGGAAGACAUCUAUCCUAUCGGUCCAGAGAGGUCGAAGUCGCAAUUCAAGAAGGGCAUCGAAUACAUUGCAAAGCAGAUGCUGUUCCGAGGUGAUGCAUUCGCGAGGGCUGUGCGAGAGACCUUCUCCGACUUUAUCAGAUUGUCGAUCCACCCUUCGUCGCACAUGGAGAACAAGAUCCCCAUUAGCCUAUUGCCAACGGACACAUCUUUCACUACUCCAUGGCACUGCUCGAUAGCGAUCAGCCUCGACGGCACCACCACGACUGGCCACCACGCGCAAUUCGAUGCCGAUGAUCGAUACGAGCUGAUAUACAGAAAUGGUCAUCCCAGCUUCUACCGCGAGAAGACCGACCUCCUCUCCUGGGGCCAAGAAAAGGGCGGCGUCCUCUGCGACCAUCUGUAUCCUGCCGGACUUCUGAUCAGACCAGCUGCCGGUCCUGACGCCCUAUCGAUCGAGGACAUCGAUGGCGCCAAGGUCCGAGCACUAGCCCAAAUCAACUCCCCAGUCAUCAUGCGCGGCUUCGCAAAAACCACAGACCGCGACCUCUUCACCAAAAAGUCCUAUGAUCUCGGAAAACCCACGGGCUGGAAAUUCGGUCUCGUGCUCGAAGUCAAAGACCAAGGCGCCAACACCCGCGGCCUCAACAACGUCCUCUCCGCCGAAUGGAUGCCUUUCCACUACGACGGCCUCUUCAAAACCGAAAAACACGUCCGCGAAGACGGCUCCGAACACCUCAUCUCCACUCCCCCGGGUUUCCAAUUCUUCACUUCCGUCACCACUUCCCCCAAAGACACCGGCUUCACCCUCUUCUCCACCUCCACCAUGGUCUUCCGCUACCUCCCCCCUUCCCUCUCCCUCGAGAGACUCCGCCCCCUCACCUGGAACGUCUCCACCUCCUCCUUCGACGCCACCGUCCUCCGCACCCUCCCCCUCAUCACCACCCACCCCGUCACCGGCAAACCCUGUCUGAGAUUCCAUGAACCCUGGCCUCAGUCCAAAACGGCAUUUCAGCCUACCGAUGUGGAAAUUGAGAAUGUGAGUGAGGAGGAGAAUCGGGAAGUUUUGGGGGCUUUGACGGAGCUUUUGCACGAUCGUAGGGUUUGUUAUUAUCAUGCGUGGGAGAAGGGGGAUCUUUUGGUGAGUGAUAAUGUUUUGGCGCAUCAUACGCGGAGUGAUUUUACGGCGGGGUGUGAGAGGGAGUUGUGGAGGAUUAAUUUUGAUUAA